ACGUUAUUGGGCUGGAAUCUUAAAUGCCCUUGUUUCAUACCAUAAAAAAAUGAAUUCUUUUAUUUCCCGCAGAUGACUCGGCCCCGACAGAAGAAUUUUACUUCUCUGCUAUCAAUGAAGAACCCAAGGAGGAUGCACAAAAAUCAAAUUUGAGGCAAAUAUUUCAAAAUUCUAAGAAACCAAAGACAGACAACCUAGAAAGCGACAGCAGAAAGAUGCUUAAAAUAUUUGCCAAAGAAGAGAAAAUUUUCAGAGAUAAAUUCAAGUACACGUCGGAUAUAGUGGUCAGUACCACGGCUGUAGUCAAUGAAUUUACGUCGGCGCCCCCAAAAGGCAAACUUAAUUUGCCAGUUAAACCUGGAGAAAGGUUGGAUGUCAUAGAUGUCUCUUCUGAAAAUAUGAUCAUAUGUCGCAAUUCACAGGGAAAAUUUGGCUAUGUUCAGAUUGAAUGCUUAAACUUCGAGAGCCGAGAAUGCAAGUAAUGAUAUGAUGAAAAGUGUCCCAAGACCCGUACGAAAAUUACAAUAUAUAUAAUAUAUAUAUAUAAAAAUAUAUUAUAAAUCUUGUCGAGGAAUAAUAAAUAAUGUGGAAUAACUGGUUAUUGGAAGAUGGUAAAAUAUCUGAACCUGACACAGCGUGAACAAUUAAAUGUUACCGAUAGAACUGAUGCAAAUGCACAGCGUUCGGUUAUUAAACGAAUGACAUGCGGAAUUCUUACAAAUAUAAUAUCUGUAUAUGUAUGCAAAGCACUCAUUUGUAAAUAAAAUAUAUCAAAUUGGAGCCCAUGCGUGGUGGGUUUCAAAUGAAAAA